AUGACCAGGGGUGCUUGGAUGUGUCGGCAGUAUGACGACGGCUUAAAAAUCUGGUUGGCAGCACCCCGAGAGAACGAGAAACCGUUCAUCGAUUCCGAGAGGGCUCAGAAAUGGCGACUGUCUCUGGCAUCUCUCUUGUUUUUCACAGUCCUGCUCUCUGAUCACUUGUGGUUCUGCGCCGAGGCCAAGCUGACCCGGGCCCGGGACAAGGAGCACCAGCAGCAGCAGCGGCAGCAGCAGCAGCAGCAGCAGCAGAGGCAGCGGCAGCAGCAGCAGCAGCGGCGGCAGCAGGAGCCCUCCUGGCCCGCGCUCCUGGCGAGCAUGGGGGAGUCCUCGCCCGCCGCCCAGGCACACAGACUCCUCUCCGCCUCCUCGUCCCCCACCCUGCCCCCCUCCCCGGGAGACGGCGGCGGCGGCGGCGGCAAGGGCAACCGAGGCAAAGACGACCGGGGCAAGGCUCUUUUUCUAGGAAACUCUGCCAAGCCCGUGUGGCGCCUGGAGACUUGUUACCCCCAGGGCGCGUCCUCGGGCCAGUGCUUCACGGUGGAGAAUGCGGACGCGGUGUGCGCCAGGAACUGGAGUCGGGGGGCGGCCGGGGGGGACGGGCAGGAGGUGAGGAGCAAGCAUCCCACUCCGCUCUGGAACUUGUCGGAUUUUUACCUUUCGUUUUGUAAUUCCUACACACUUUGGGAGUUGUUCUCGGGGUUGUCCAGUCCCAACACUUUGAACUGCAGUCUGGAUGUGGUGCUCAAGGAAGGCGGCGAGAUGACCACUUGCAGGCAGUGCGUCGAGGCUUACCAGGACUAUGACCACCAUGCUCAGGAGAAAUACGAAGAGUUUGAAAGCGUGCUCCACAAAUAUUUACAGUCAGAGGAGUACUCGGUGAAAUCCUGUCCUGAAGACUGUAAGAUUGUCUACAAAGCCUGGCUCUGUUCCCAGUAUUUUGAAGUCACACAGUUUAACUGCAGAAAGACAAUUCCUUGCAAGCAAUACUGUUUGGAGGUUCAGACGAGGUGUCCAUUUAUAUUGCCCGACAAUGAUGAAGUCAUCUACGGAGGCCUCUCCAGUUUCAUCUGUACAGGCGAAGGUGAAGUUUACCUUUGAAUGCCUAAGAAGAAAUGAAUAUUGGCUUUAUGAAACCUUUCUAACCAAUGAUGAACCAGAAUGCUGUGACGUCAGGAGAGAAGAAAAAUCAAAUAACCCAUCCAAAGGGACCGUAGAGAAAAGUGGCUCCUGUCACAGGACAUCGCUCACAGUGUCAUCAGCAACAAGACUGUGCAACAGCAGACUCAAGCUGUGUGUUCUUGUACUGAUUCUAUUACACACAGUGCUCACAGCCUCGGCAGCACAGAACACAACCGGACUGAGCUUUGGAGGCAUCAACACGCUGGAAGAAAACUCAACCAAUGAGGAGUAACGGAAGGACGAGUGUCACCACAGCAGCAGCUGGCCCGCCGUGAAAAAUGGCAACUGCUGUCUCAUGUAACAGAAACUGGGUGCUUUUACCCUCGAAUUACUUAUUGCAAGGCCUUUAGGGUAAAAUUUAAACAGAUGGGCCUGAAUCCAAACAAGGACACAACCACAGCUUUUUAUUGACUAAAAGGCUGGAAAGUGACUUUAAAUUUCUCACACCAUUUUAUACACUGUGUUUUAAUGUUUGGAGGUUUUAUUUGCUUUCGUUUUGGUUUGGGAUUAUUUGUUUGUUUAUUUUUUGCACUUGUUAAUACAGGAUUUAUUUUGGGGGAUGGUUUCUCAGAGGUAAACUAAGUCUUUUCACUGUCUCUAUCUCUCUAUAUAUUUCUAGUCAUUGUGUGUGUUCAUCAGAUAGUUCUGUCUUUAUGUCCUGUCAGCUUCUAUUAGAGGAAUGAUUGCUAUGACCUCAUGGUAUAGCAAAAAACAACAACAAAAAAAGAAUAAAAAAUAAAAAAGACAAAAAAAAGAAAACAACAAAAAAUAAAAAUAAAAAAAAUCCCUAAGUCUCCCUUCUACCCACAGAACCAACACCCUUCCCGGCCUUUCCUUUCCCUCGCCCUCUUCUCGUCCCCUAAGCAAACAACAUCCGCUUGCUUCUGUCUGUGUAACCACAGUGAAUGGGUGUGCACGCUUGGUGGGCCUCUGAGCCCCUGUUGCACAAACCUGAAACAGAGCAGAGCCAAGGGGGCCUGACAGGAGUUCCUUUUUAGCUGAACAAACAAGUGCUCUCCAUAAUAGGUGGAAUCAGACAGUUAACACAUUUUUAUGUUGAAAACAAAAUAAAAGGAAAAAAAAAAAAAAACUAUCAUGAACUGUAUUGCUCCAGUUCCCAUCCCCAAGUGGCCCAGCCCUUUCCUGCUGGUCCAGUUGGACAGGAGCAGCUAUCUAGAAUCAGGAUGCGGGGAGUGAGGAAGUUUUUCCUUUGACAAUGAAGGUGGGCUUUCAUUGUGAUUUUUGUUCUGUUGCAGUAAUAUAGGAGCACAUUUUGGCCAUUGUAAUUACAGGGAACAAAGGGAUUGCGGACACAUAUCUGGACUUCUUUUCCUCCCUUAUUGUUGUGGAAGAGACACUAGAAAUGCUCAAACACCUGCAAUAUACAGAAUAUACACAAUUUUAUUCAAGUAUUUCCCUAACAUAUGGUUUAAAAUUAUUCCAGGUAUACAGUGUAUGCAGUUCUGCAUUAUCACAGAGGAACAACUUCUUUUUUAAAAAAUAAAUAGGUCAGCCAUUUUUAUUAACGUGCAAAAACUUUAUCACUCUAACAUGCUCUAGGUAGUUGAGGAAAAGAGGUCUGAUCACUGUUUGUAUUUUAUUUUCUUUGUGGGAACAUUUCACCUGCUGAGUGUACAUGAAUUUGCUUUCUAUAAAAGGCUUUUAUGAGUUUACAGUAGAAUCGGUGGAAGGAAGAGUUAAUAAGGGCUGUUUUUAAAAAAACAAACAAACAAAACAAAUAAUUAAAAAAAACAUUUUACAUUCCUUCCUAUUCUCUAACUACACUUGGGAAGUGCACUUCAGAUAAGUUUGCAGUGUGACUGAGAGAUGAAGGAAAUCCAUAGAAAAGGUCCUCUUAGUGAACAAAAUUUAGUUCUUAACUUUAUAGCUAUGAAAUUUCCCCGGGCAUUUGUUUUUGUUCAAACAGACUUUAACCUCUGCAUCAUACUUAACCCUGCGACAUGCGUACAGUAUGCAUAUUUUGUUUUGAAAAAAAAAUGUUUCGUUCCAGUCUGUUAAGAAUAUUCAAAAAUAAUAAAGGUAUUGCUUAAUAAAA